AUGUUUUUUUCAAACCUAAUAACUUUUUUAUUCUGCAUUGUGACCGUCUCCAGCAAGGCAGAGAAAUGGUACUCCGCGGCAAUCGUCGACAGAAGAAAUAGCCUUCACAAUUCGUCUAACCUGGAAUUCCGAACCAAUUACAUCCAAAACAAUGAACAUCCAUUCUUGCCGUUAAUGUUAAUCGAUCCUAAAAAGUCGAAUGAUGGACGCACCAAUUUUUAUUCGGCUCAAAAAUUCAACAUGAAUAGUGCAAACAGUUCCUCGGAAUCUGACAGCAUAACACUAAAUUACAACAAUACUGUUGAGAAUUUGAACGUGUUGAAUAGAAUACGCCCCAAAAGAACGAAAAUACGUAAGAGAUGUCCUGUUGCUAGGCCGAGGCAAAUAAACCAGUCGAACAUGAAACAAAAAUCUAAGACAAGAUUUUUGGAAGUGUUCCAAGUGGUGGAAUUUGAUCAUGUCUCUUGUACAUCCAGUAGUGGUCUAGAAGGUACGUGUUUACCAGAGUCUGAGUGCAUUGACUCGGGUGGUUCUACAAUGGGGACUUGUGCAGAUGGUUAUGGAACUUGCUGCGUGACUCAAUUCUUAUGCGACGGCCGUUCAGAUGCAGACUCCGGUUGGUUCACUAACCCUGAUUUUCCGUCGCCAAGUACGGACAGACUGUCAUGCACUUUUAUAUUGGAUAAAACCUCUGAAGACAUUACUCAGAUACGAUUGGAUUUUAACAAUUUUGAGCUGCUGCCACCGACAGAUGGCUCGUGUCACGAUGAUCAGUUUAUUAUCUCAGGACAAAAUGUUAAUAAUGUGAUACCGAUUCUUUGCGGGAUCAAUUCUGGUCAACAUGUUUACAUCGAAGUUGGUGAAGUCGACGGUCCCAUCAAUUUUACCUUCCAAACAGUUUCUUCAGAAAGCAGGCUGUUUUCAAUUAAGGUAACGCAACUAACCUCAUCAGAUGAGCUGGCCGCCCCAACGGGUUGUCUGCAAUACUUCACAGACACACAAGGCUACUUGGAAUCCUUCAACUAUCGAGAUAAAUCCGAUAUCGUCAUCGCAAGGACUCCUAGUUAUUUAAACAAUCUUAAUUAUGCUAUGUGCAUUGAGCGGAAAGCAGAAACGUGCAGUGUCACGUACACCAACACUGGAAACAUGCAGAUAGUUAACUACGACACAGUUGGGAGUUGUCAUGCUCACUCAGGAGUCUCAUUGGCGGUGGCACGGGCACUGGGCCGCUCGGUUCCCUAUAAUAUGGUUGAGUUGGGCGGUGCUGGUGUACGUGUCAUGUUCGUGAACGGACGCCGCCUAUUGGGACUGGUCAACUCGAGACUGUCUAAAGUUGCUGUCCCUGAGGAUGGGCUGCCUGUGAUCCCGCCCGAUCAAGCUGGAGUGGAAAUCUUGAACUGCCCGAGUGAUUGGCUGCUAAUAGCUGCAACCAGACUCUGUGGAGAUCGUCUUAAUGAUGGAUCUGUGUUUCAAGAUUUUACUGUUAAUGCUCCCGUCACAGACAAUGGUGCUGGUCCUAUUGUAGUCUGGUUUCGAUCUGAUGAAUCUUAUGUUGGCGUCGGAUUUAAACUUAUGUAUCAGCAGAAUUCAUGUAAUGCUUAA